GCGAGAAAAUGUGUCGUUGCCUGGGUAACCGCGUCGCGGAAGAUGGCGAGUCAAAGUUUUGGCUUUAGGAGACGCAGCGCCCCAGGGACACCACUCCCGUCGCUGGAUCUUCUCGCCCAGGAGCAAGAAUACAAGCGUUUAAAUGCAGAAUUAGAAGCAAAAACAGCUGAUCUUAUUCAACAAGCUGAGGAAGCAAUAAGAGAUCAACACGAGGCACAGUCCAGGCCUUGUUCAACCCUAUGUAAAUCAUGUGAAGAGAAAGAUGAUUACAGCAUAAGAAGUCCAUUAUCAUCUGAAGGGAUAGUUCAUCUGCAUCCAGAAACUAAGAACCGGGGAUUGAACUCAGGCCCUUGCGCUUGCCAGGAAGUGCUUAUUCCACUGAGCCAUCUCCCCGGCCCCUAAAUUGAAGCAUUUUUGUCUCAUAAUUUUACUGAACAAUUUGGAACAUAGUGGAAAAAUUCUUAGUGAAAUAAGAUUGUAACCUUAUACUUUU